UCCUGUGAACAGUACACGACUUGUGGGGAGUGCCUGAGCUCGGGGGACCCUCACUGUGGCUGGUGUGCCCUGCACAACAUGUGCUCCCGCAGGGACAAGUGCCAGCGGGCCUGGGAACCUAAUCGAUUUGCUGCCAGCAUCAGCCAGUGCAUGAGCCUCGAGGUGCAUCCCAGCAGCAUCUCAGUGUCUGAGCACAGCCGGCUGCUCAGCCUGGCUGUGAGUGAUGCUCCCGACCUGUCUGCGGGCAUCUCCUGUGCCUUUGGGAACCUGACAGAGGUAGAGGGACAGGUGUCUGGGAGCCAGGUCAUCUGCAUCUCACCAGGGCCCAAGAUUGUCCCUGUCAUCCCUCUGGAUCAAGACUGGUUUGGGCUAGAGCUGCAGCUGAGAUCCAAGGAGACAGGAAAGAUAUUCGUCGGCACCGAGUUCAAGUUCUACAACUGCAGCGCCCACCAACUGUGCCUGUCUUGUGUCAACAGCGCCUUCCGCUGCCAUUGGUGCAAAUACCGAAACCUCUGUACUCAUGACCCCACCACCUGCUCCUUCCAGGAGGGCCGGAUCAACAUUUCAGAGGACUGUCCCCAGCUGGUGCCCACGGAGGAGAUCCUGAUACCCGUCGGGGAAGUAAAACCAAUCACCCUCAAGGCUCGAAACCUGCCCCAGCCUCAGUCCGGCCAGCGAGGCUAUGAGUGCGUCCUCAACAUACAGGGGGCCGUCCACCGGGUCCCCGCCCUGCGCUUCAACAGCUCCAGCGUCCAGUGCCAGAACAGCUCGUACCAGUACGAUGGGAUAGACAUCAGCAACCUGGCCGUGGACUUUGCCGUGGUGUGGAAUGGCAAUUUCAUCAUUGACAACCCUCAGGACCUGAAAGUCCACCUCUACAAGUGUGCAGCCCAGCGGGAGAGCUGUGGCCUCUGCCUCAAGGCCGACCGGAAGUUCGAGUGUGGCUGGUGCAGCGGUGAGCGCAGGUGCACCCUCCAGCAGCACUGUAGCAGCCCCUCCAGCCCCUGGCUUGACUGGUCCAGCCACAAUGUUAAGUGCUCCAACCCCCAAAUCACCGAGAUUUUGACGGUAUCCGGACCCCCUGAAGGAGGGACCCGAGUGACUAUCCAUGGCGUGAACCUGGGCCUGGACUUCUCCGAGAUCGCCCACCACGUGCAGGUGGCUGGGGUGCCCUGCACGCCCCUGCCGGGGGAUUAUAUCAUCGCUGAGCAGAUCGUUUGUGAGAUGGGCCAUGCCCUUGUGGGGACCACCUCUGGGCCCGUGCGCCUGUGCAUUGGCGAGUGUAAGCCAGAGUUCAUGACCAAAUCCCAUCAACAGUACACGUUUGUGAACCCUUCCGUGUUGUCACUCAACCCCAUCCGAGGGCCAGAGUCCGGAGGCACCAUGGUGACCAUCACGGGCCAUUACCUCGGGGCUGGGAGCAGCGUGACCGUUUACCUGGGCAACCAGACCUGCGAGUUCUAUGGGCGAUCAAUGAAUGAGAUCGUGUGUGUCUCACCCCCGUCGUCCAAUGGGCUGGGGCCCGUCCCCGUCUCUGUGAGUGUCGACCGAGCCCGUGUGGACAACAACUUGCAGUUCGAGUACAUAGAUGACCCCCGGGUGCAGCGCAUUGAGCCUGAGUGGAGUAUCGCCAGUGGCCACACACCCCUGACCGUCACAGGCUUCAACCUGGAUGUCAUUCAGGAGCCAAGGAUCCGAGUCAAGUUUAAUGGCAAAGAAUCUGUCAAUGUGUGCAAAGUUGUGAACACCACCACCCUGACCUGCCUGGCACCCUCCCUGACCACGGACUACCGGCCCGGCCUGGACACCGUGGAACGGCCAGACGAGUUUGGAUUCGUCUUUAACAAUGUCCAGUCCUUGCUGAUUUACAACGACACCAAGUUCAUCUACUACCCCAACCCGACCUUUGAACUGCUCAGCCCCACUGGGGUCUUGGAUCAAAAGCCGGGAUCCCCCAUCAUUCUGAAGGGCAAAAACCUCUGUCCUCCUGCUUCUGGAGGUGCCAAACUCAACUACACCGUGCUGAUUGGAGAGACCCCAUGCGCUGUCACUGUGUCCGAGACGCAACUGCUCUGCGAGCCUCCCAACCUCACCGGGCAGCACAAGGUCAUGGUCCACGUGGGUGGCAUGGUAUUCUCGCCCGGCUCGGUGAGUGUCAUCUCAGACAGCUUGCUGACCCUGCCAGCCAUCGUCAGCAUCGCGGCAGGCGGCAGCCUCCUGCUCAUCAUCGUCAUCAUUGUGCUCAUCGCCUACAAGCGCAAGUCUCGAGAAAAUGACCUCACUCUCAAGCGGCUCCAAAUGCAGAUGGACAACCUGGAGUCCCGUGUGGCCCUGGAGUGUAAGGAAGCUUUUGCCGAGCUCCAGACAGACAUCAACGAGCUGACCAGUGACCUGGACCGCUCAGGAAUCCCCUACCUGGACUAUCGGACCUAUGCUAUGCGAGUCCUGUUCCCCGGCAUUGAGGACCAUCCCGUCCUGCGUGAGCUGGAGGUGCAGGGCAACGGGCAGCAGCACGUCGAGAAGGCCCUGAAGCUCUUUGCCCAGCUCAUCAACAACAAGGUGUUCUUGCUGACCUUCAUCCGCACCCUGGAGCUGCAGCGCAGCUUCUCCAUGCGGGACCGCGGCAACGUGGCCUCGCUCAUCAUGACCGGCCUGCAGGGCCGCCUGGAGUACGCCACCGACGUCCUCAAGCAGCUGCUCUCUGACCUCAUCGAUAAGAACCUGGAGAACAAGAACCACCCCAAGUUGCUUCUCCGGAGGACAGAGUCCGUGGCUGAGAAGAUGCUGACCAAUUGGUUUGCCUUCCUCCUGCACAAGUUCCUGAAGGAGUGUGCGGGGGAGCCGCUCUUCAUGCUCUACUGCGCCAUCAAGCAGCAGAUGGAGAAGGGCCCCAUCGAUGCCAUCACGGGCGAGGCCCGCUACUCCCUGAGCGAGGACAAGCUCAUCCGGCAGCAGAUCGAGUACAAGACCCUGAUCCUGAACUGCGUCAACCCGGACAACGAGAACAGUCCGGAGAUCCCAGUGAAGGUGUUAAACUGUGACACCAUCACGCAGGUCAAAGAGAAGAUUCUCGAUGCCGUCUACAAGAACGUGCCCUACUCCCAGCGGCCGAGGGCUGUUGACAUGGACUUGGAGUGGCGUCAAGGCCGGAUUGCCCGGGUCGUGCUGCAGGACGAGGACAUCACCACCAAGAUCGAGGGUGACUGGAAGCGGCUCAACACGCUGAUGCACUAUCAGGUAUCAGACAGAUCGGUGGUGGCUCUGGUCCCCAAACAGACCUCCUCCUACAACAUCCCUGCCUCUGCCAGCAUCUCCCGGACGUCCAUCAGCAGAUACGACUCCUCCUUCAGGUACACAGGCAGUCCCGACAGCCUGCGGUCUCGGGCCCCCAUGAUCACCCCAGACCUGGAGAGUGGGGUCAAGGUGUGGCAUCUGGUGAAGAAUCACGACCAUGGGGACCAGAAGGAGGGUGACCGGGGCAGCAAAAUGGUGUCCGAGAUCUACCUGACCCGGCUAUUGGCCACCAAGGGCACCCUGCAGAAGUUCGUGGACGACUUGUUUGAGACCUUGUUCAGCACCGUGCACCGGGGCAGCGCUCUCCCCCUGGCCAUCAAGUACAUGUUUGAUUUCCUGGAUGAGCAGGCAGACAGACACAGCAUCCAUGACACAGAUGUGCGGCACACCUGGAAGAGCAACUGCCUCCCCCUGCGCUUCUGGGUGAACGUGAUCAAGAACCCCCAGUUUGUAUUUGACAUCCACAAGGGCAGCAUCACGGACGCCUGCCUCUCUGUGGUGGCCCAGACCUUCAUGGACUCUUGCUCAACAUCAGAGCACCGGCUGGGCAAGGACUCCCCUUCCAACAAGCUGCUCUAUGCCAAGGACAUCCCCAGCUACAAGAGCUGGGUGGAAAGAUACUACGCAGACAUCGCCAAGCUCCCCGCCAUCAGUGACCAGGACAUGAACGCCUACCUCGCCGAGCAGUCCCGCCUGCACGCCGUGGAGUUCAACAUGCUGAGUGCCCUCAAUGAGAUCUACUCCUACGUCAGCAAGUACAGCGAAGAGCUCAUUGGGGCCCUCGAGCAGGACGAGCAGGCCCGGCGACAGCGGCUGGCGUACAAGGUGGAACAGCUCAUAAACGCCAUGUCCAUUGAGAGCUGAGAGAUGGAGCCUCCUGUUCCUGGGAAGAAGGACCCGUGAGAGCCGUCACACUGGGCGUCUCCGAAGGAAGGACAAGUGAAGGGGAUCAGGCCCCAGCGCUUGCUGUCCCCUGAGACCCCCGCCCGGGGGGAGGGGAGGACCCCUCUCCCCACGCCAGCCAAGUUUCGUCACAGCCUGUUCCUGCAGGGAGAGACCGGGGGUGUCAUCCACCCCAUCCCCCCGCGGCGAGGACGAGAGGGACGCCAGGACCCAGAGAAGAGAGGGGAGACAACCCUUCGCUCGUAAGCGGAAGCUCCUGAUCGUCUGAGCGCUGGCCUCGGUAGAGAUGACUGUAGCAUCCCCAUGUUAUGUCUUCUUCGGCCUCUCUUUCUGCCUCUCGUGUCCUUAUGAGUUUGAAGGACAAGUGGGUAGCUUCUCUCUCUCCUGCUGACACCUAAAUCCAUGGAUGACCAUCCGUCCUGAGUGUAGUUUCCAAAUAAAGAGACCAAAGUUCCGCACCCUGGUCCUGAGGCCCCGUGGAAGGCAGUGGGCAGGACCCUAGGGACCGGACAGCCACCAGAGUUUCCGGGCCUCCCACCCUGGCAAGAAUCCAAGCAGCCAGCUCCAACUUCUCCGCAGGCAGCAUCGGAGUGAGUGGGAAGGAGGACAAGAGAAAGGCAAAGGGAUGGGAAGGGAGGCAGCAGGAGAGGACCAGCCUACCCUUCCUACCCUCUACUUUACAAGGGGCUGUGGACCAGCCACCCCCAGCGAUACCAGACCAGGGUCAUUUCCUCUGUCAUUAACUCUGGGCCCUGGCUUCUCUGGGCCCUGAUUUACCUCCAAACGCUUCCAAUCUCCAAAGGCUCUGCUGACCACAUUGGAUUGCCAGGAAGGGGCCGGGGGAGGGGUAGCUCUGAGGGCUGGCUUCCAUCGCUGGGGUGUGGCUUUGGAUCACCGCGCUAACCACACAGCAGACGUUGCCUGGUCGCCUCAGCUCCAGUUUCUUGCCUGAAUGCAGCCGACAAAGGGGAGGAGAAAAAGCGUUCAGCAAAAUACUCAGGAAACUUCGCUGUUUUCAUUAUAAUUCACAACCAGCCAUGUGGAGGCCACGCUCUUCUGAUAAUCCACUUCUGUUAAAGUUUCUCUGGGCCCUAUUAAUAGCCUGAAAGAAAUACUAAUGACUGGCCUUCUGCACUAAGCCAAAGUGUUUGCCCUUCGUAUACCCAAAGCUUAUCAGCUCAGAGCCCAUGAUUUAUGGAGAUGAAAGGCGAGGAGAUAACGGCAAGGGGCAUGUGAGCAGGGGACUUUGCGCUGCCCACAGAAAAGUGCAGCCCACCCUCAUUUUACUUCUGAGCUCUGAAGGAAGGUUUUCUGAUCACGUCACUGCUCAGACUGGCAUCCUGGGCUUUGCCCCACCAAGAAGUAAAAGUUAGACAUCCCAACGGCGACCGGUAGGCAUCGACCCGGGUGUCUCCCGGCAGCUACUUUUGGUGACCAUUCACCAGCCCUGGGUAUGCUUCCUUGAAGGUUUUGGAGGAGUGGGAGAAUGAUGGGGGGAUGGCCGCUUGGACAGUGGAGAGGAGAGCACCAGAGCUGGCCUCAGAAGCUUGACCACAUUUCUGAGGAUUCCAUGAGAGAGCUGGGGAGUGUGGGCUGGCAAAGGUUGUGGCACAGGGGCGUCCCUGAGGGAGGAAUUAAGAUAAAGGAAAACUCGACUGGACUCAAGUCGGGCCGUGAGGGUGCAAGGAUGGAGAGCCUUGCUUGGCUUUGGGUCACCCAGAGUGCAUGCCCCGUGGGAUGGGAGGACAGGGAGUUAAUUGGCCUCUGUCCUCACUGUUAUCCGAUGUGACGUGAAGAUAUUUUGACCUUGUGUAAGGGAUAAGUAUUCAAGUCACGUUCCUUCCCCCACAUGAAGUCAUCCGUCCUGGAGGGAGGCAGAGAGGGACUUCUCUCUCGAAGGCUGAUCCAGCUCCGUUUUUGUGUCACUGGUCUGCACCAGAGACAAUCCUCUGGAAAAGGGAAAGGCAAAGCACCCCCAGAAAUGUGCUUGGCAAGACAGAGGGUGCUCAUACACGAGACGGAGAUGGACAAGCGGUCCAUCUCGGUGGAGUGUGUCCCUCCAGCUGGCCUGCUGCUGCUUACCCCCUAGCAGGGCCUCAGGUGCUUCCGUGCUUGCCCUCCUACAGCUCUCCACAGCCCAUCUCGCAGAACCAUUCCUGAUCCACUACUGGCAGAGAGUUCCCCCUCCUUGAAAAGUUCAGUCAUUAGAAGCACGGAUCCGCUGGGAACCUCGCUCGCGGGAGGGAGCUGUUUCCUAUAUUCAUUCAUUCAGAGAACAUUCCUGCGCUAACGCCGUUUGCUAGGCCCUGCUCCAGGUGCUGAGAAAUAGCAAUGAACGAGACCAAGAAGGGCCUUCUCCUAGCAAACUGACAUUCUUCGGGCUGCUGGUUCCUGCCGCCGACUUAGCCCGCAUAGCUCACCUCCCAGACCUGCAGAGGGCACACGUUUUGUAGAAAAGGGAGCCAGAGGAAGGAAGAAAGCCGACCAACCCAGCUGCCUUACCUCGUUCUGGGGACAGUCCUGAGAGCCAUGAGAGCCCUUCUCGUUCCCGCUGCCGCUGUCUCUUCUGGUGGCACUUCCCCUGCUGCUUGAGCUCCUGGCCUUCCUUUAUUUCUACCAAACGAGGAAAAGAAAUAGCAGUCGAGGCCCCUGGCCCUGCUGAGCGUGAAGCAGAAGCGACGGAUGGGUGAGCUGGACUGCGAUGGUCUGGGCAGCACAAACUGAGAGUGUUUGAAAGCCUCUGGCUGAUCAGUCUCCAGGUGCACCCCAAUUGCAACACUGACCCCGUUAACCUACAGCCAGGUGAUGCUGAGCAGGCAGCUGCCCUGGGGGAGGCCACUUCCCAGCCACGCCGUCCUGCCUGAGGUUCCUGGGCCCUGGCCACGGGCAGGAAAGAACGGAGCCUCAGUGGCGGGGGCUCUGCGGGUGAGAAAACGCAGAGGAGUUUAGUGGACACGGGGCUGUGGAAGCAGGUCCUCUGGGGGGACUUGGGAGGUGAAGUUCAGGGCCUUCUGGUGCCUUGUCUCAGGAACACGCUUUGAGAAGAUGGCGGCCUCCUCUUCAUCACCCCAGUCUCUCUUCCCUAUCUCUUUCCUGAAUUCUGGUUUCCCCAGGAGUGAAGUUUCAGCAUCUGGGGGCUCCGUGAUGCCAGGGAUAAAAGAAAGUUUCACCCUUGGUAUUAGGGAGGUCCUGGGGGACAGGGCCUCAGCCCUGUCAGCAAACUGGAGAUUCUGGGCCUUUCAUGGACAUGCCCGUCGCAUUCCCCUCACCCUAAAGGGACUCUCCCCUCUGUCCUUUCUGCAGUGCAGCCCGUGCCUCCUGUCCUCACCUCAAGGAGAUGGGAGGCAUCGUCCGGAUUUCAGCCAAGGCCCUGACUCGGGCCUCGUGCGCUCUCUGCGUUGGCAUUACAGGUGGAGAACAUAAUGGAACGUAGUUCCCCCUGCAGAGAAGAUGUUCCCAAGCGUGUCAGGGAGGGAGGGACAAGCUCUUUGUACCACGAGACUAAGGACCUGAGCACACCUGCCUCUCCCCUCAACUUCUCCUACCCAUACCCACUCUUCUUGACACACUGGAAUCUGUAUUAUAUAUUUUUUUAAGAAAAUAGAAUGAUAGCUGUCCAGUUUUGUUGUUUUUACAGGUGUUGUGGAAUAAAAACUGUAAGAAAAUUACGUAUUUAAAAUGUUCCAAUAAACUGGGUUUUUUUGGUCAUUCUAAUAUA